AUGAAAUUGGAAUCAGAUGCAGCCUUGACCUUGGCUACGUUAACUGUCGAAUGCAAACGUUUGAUGGAUCUCAAAUUGGAUGCCGAGCUGAUUGCAAAAACUCCAUCGGGCACAUCCACGCCAUAUGUCAAGCAGAUCAACGAUAAAAGUAAGAAAUCACCUAAAACCGUUGACAAAGCAUCGUACAGCAAAUCACCUGCUCAAGAUUCAUCGAAAAAAGUACCGUAUCGUCCGUGCUGGCUGUGUGGAGCAAAACAUUUCGUCAAGGAAUGUACAUAUGUUAAACACCUUUGUCGUGAUUGCAACAAGAUUGGACACAAGGAAGGUUUUUGUGUUAUCUCGCAACAAAAAAAUCAGAGUCCGAACAAAGGAACGUCAUCGUCCAAACAAUGCAAACCAAUUUUCACUGUUUCUAAAGUGGAUCAUACGGCAAAAAGGAAAUACAUCGUUGUACUCAUCAACGGAUGUCCCAUACGACUUCAAGUGGAUACGGCAUCCGACGUUACUAUCAUCUCACGUGAGAACUAUAAGAAAUUGGGUCAUCCUUCAGCGAUUCAUUGCACCGAACUAGCUCAAACUGCAUCUGGUGCUCCGCUUUCGCUGGAAAUUGAAUUUGAAUGCAAAAUCUUAUUCAAUGACGUUGACACUACUGGCAUUUGCUACGUCUCCGAUGCGCCCGAUUUAAACGUAAUUGGCAAUGAUUGGCUGGAUUUGUUUGGAUUAUUUGACAUUCCAUUGAAUUCCGUUUGUAACCAAAUAAUGAAAACGUCAGACUCCAGCAAUCAACACGAGUUCAUGGAAAAUUUCCGGCAGACAUUUUCAUCAGUUUUUGAUUCGACUUUGGGAACGUGCACUAAAACUCAAGUCACCUUACGUGUCAAACCUGAUGCUAAGCCAAUUUUCCGUCCGAAACGUCCAGUUGCUUACGCUGCUGUUCCUGUUGUUGAAGCAGAGCUGGAUCGUUUACAACACUUGGGUGUCAUCAGUCCCGUUUCAUAUUCCGAAUGGGCUGCUCCAAUUGUCACAACAAAGAAACCAAAUGGGUCGAUACGAAUGUGCGCCGAUUUUGCUACUGGUCUCAACGACGCGCUGGACACAUACCAUUAUCCGCUUCCGACACCCGAUUCGAUUUUCGCUACGCUUAACGGUGGAAAAUAUUUUUCGAAAAUCGAUUUUGCUGACGCAUACUUUCAACUCGUUGUGGACGAAUCAUCGAGAAAGUACAUCACCAUCAACACUCAUCGGGGCCUAUUUCAAUUUAAUCGCCUACCGUUUGGAGUGAAAAUCGCUUCGGCCGUUUUUCAACAAAUUGUUGACGCAAUGAUUGCUGGCUUGGACCGAACUUGUGGCUAUCAGGAUGACAUUACGGUGAAUGGUCGUACGAUAGAAGAGCACAACCGUAAUCUGAUCGCACUCUUCGAACGAAUCAAAGAAUUUGGCUUUAGUAUUCGGCAUCACAAGUGUGAGUUCUUAAUGACAGAAAUCGAAUUUCUUGGUUUUAUUAUAGAUGAGCAUGGUCGUCGUCCGAAUCCGGCUAAGAUUCAAGCAAUUGUUGACAUGCCUGAGCCACACGAUGUUACCACCGUCAAGUCGUUUUUGGGUAUGAUAAAUCAUUAUUCCAAGUUUGUCAAGGAAAUGAAAAAUUUACGUGCUCCAUUGGAUCGGUUGCUUUGCAAAGACGUUAAAUUCGAAUGGAAUGAUGAAUGUCGUGAAGCAUUCAACAAAGCAAAACAAAUUCUACUUUCCGACCUGCUAUUGGCUCACUAUGAUCCAAACGUACCCAUCCGAGUUGCAGCUGAUGCGUCGUCUCAAGGUCUUGGUGCUGUAAUUCUUCAUCGGUAUGCAGACGGUUCCGAGAAAGCUAUUGAGCAUGCAUCACGAAGUCUCACUCCAGCAGAACGCAACUAUGGACAAAUCGAAAGAGAGGCUUUAUCCUUGGUCUUCGCAGUUCAAAAGUUCCAUCGAAUGAUUUGGGGACGAAAAUUUGUAUUGGAAACCGAUCACAAGCCAUUGCUCGCAAUAUUUGGUUCAAAGAAGGGCAUUCCGGUACAUUCAUCCAGUCGACUGCAGCGUUGGGCGAUAUCAUUAAUGUCAUACGAUUUCGACGUCGAAUACGUCAAAACGGAAAAAUUUGGUUAUGCUGACGUUUUGUCUCGUCUUAUUGCCAAUCACCAAUCGCCUUUGGAACCGAUCAUCGUUUCUUCAGUUCGCAUUAUGGAGGACUCGAUCAAUCGAAUUUUGGUGGAUGCGAUACGUACCUUACCUGUCACUGCCGAAAUGAUUGCCCAUGAAACGUUGAACGAUGAAUUGCUCAUUUCCGUGAGUAAUUUCCUGAAAUCGAAUUGGCCGACACAUCUUGAAGAUGAAACGUUAAAGGUUUUUUAUAAUCGUCGUGAAUCGUUGUGUGAAAUGGAUGGUUGCCUAUUAUUCAAUGAACGAGUCGUCAUUCCUUUAUCGUUACAGAAGGAAAUUCUUCAACGACUGCACGUUGCUCAUCCAGGCAUUGUUCGUAUGAAGGCUUUGGCUCGAAGCUACGUGUAUUGGCCAAACAUUGAUAAAGACAUUACUGAAUACGUGCAAAGUUGUUCCCGAUGCGCCAGUACAGCGAAAGCACCCAUUAAAGCAACAUUAUCGUCUUGGCCAAAGGCAUCGAAUGUAUGGUCUCGUGUACACAUCGAUUUCGCUGGUGAAUUUCAGGGUCACUACUAUUUUGUCGUGGUCGAUUCCUACUCAAAAUGGCCUGAAAUAUUCGUCAUCACUAACACAACUUCAGCAGUCGCGAUUUCCAAAUUACGUGAAAUCAAUGCUCGCUUCGGCAACAUGUCGAUUUUGGUAUCUGAUAAUGGACCAGCGUUUAUUUCGGAAGAAUUUGCUGAUUAUUGCAAAUCGGAAGGCAUUUAUCACAUCCGAACACCAGUUUACCAUGCACAAUCGAAUGGGCAAGCCGAACGAUUUGUCGAUACUUUCAAACGAGCACUCAAGAAAGCUAAGGGAGAGGAAAGUAUACCCAACGUCCUUCAAACAUUUCUUCAGCGUUAUCGCAUGACGCCAAACGCUCAAUUACCAGCAAACUGUAGCCCAGCCGAAGUCAUGCUUGGACGAAAAAUACAUUCAACUUUAGAUUUGGUUAAACCGAGAGCAAAAUUCGACAUCGUCCGUGACAGUAAAAUGGAACAUCAAUUCAACGUCAAACAUGGAGCGAAAAAUCGUAUUUUCUAUCCGAAUCAGAAAGUUUACAUUCGUGAUUUUCGAGACAAGAAAAUCAUUUGGACACCAGCCGUUAUCAUCGAACGAUCUGGCACAGUGGUCUACAAUGUCGAAUGUGAUGGAAAUAUCUGGCGUCGUCAUGCUAAUCAAAUCCGAGUCAGGUAUGAAUACGAAAAUGAGGAAUCAAGUCCAACGUUAAGUUUGUUGUAUGAUACGUUUGAUACUGCACCGCAAAUUGGAUCAUCGCUACCACAUCACAUUGCACCACAGACCAACGAAAAUUUACAUGAAACUCCAGCAUCAUCAAUUCCACUUAUUCCAACCCGACCACAACGUAACCGUCACCCACCACUCCGUACAGAUUUUUCACGAUCAGUUAAGGGGCGAUAUUUGGAUCUUUAA